GCCCCCCGGCUCUCCAGGCAGGGCUCUGGGCUCCGGCGUCUGCUCGGCGGCCACCUCCAUCCGACCGGCUCGGCGGGACCGAGCCGAGCCAGGGGGCCCGCUCUGGCCCGGCCAUGAGCGCGGCCGCAUGAUGCGUCCCUGCCUCGGUCGCUGCAGUCGCCGUCGCCGCCGGCCGGGAGGAGCCGCAGCGCCGGGCGACCCCGCCUUGACCUCGGAUCCCAUCACAUAGGACAGCAUGCACCUUAAGAUCCUGAAGAAAAGGCGCAAAGUGUUCAAGUGAUGUUCAGAAGUAGUUUGUGAGGGCGCGUCAGGGAAAUCAUGCAGCCAUCAGGACACAGGCUCCGGGACGUCGAGCAUCAUCCUCUCCUGACCGAAAAUGACAAUUAUGACUCUUCGUCGUCAUCCUCCUCUUCUGAGGCUGAUGUGGCAGACAGGGUCUGGUUCAUCCGCGAUGGAUGUGGCAUGAUCUGCGCUGUCAUGACGUGGCUUCUGGUUGUCUAUGCAGACUUUGUGGUGACGUUCGUCAUGCUGCUCCCCUCCAAAGACUUCUGGUACUCUGUGGUCAAUGGGAUCAUUUUCAACUGCCUGGCUGUGCUUGCCCUGUCGUCCCACCUGAGAACCAUGCUCACCGACCCUGGGGCAGUACCCAAAGGAAACGCUACGAAAGAAUACAUGGAGAGUUUGCAGCUGAAGCCCGGUGAAGUGAUCUACAAGUGCCCCAAGUGCUGCUGUAUCAAGCCAGAGCGCGCCCACCACUGCAGUAUUUGUAAAAGAUGUAUUCGGAAAAUGGAUCAUCACUGCCCAUGGGUGAACAAUUGUGUAGGAGAAAAGAAUCAGAGAUUUUUUGUGCUCUUCACUAUGUAUAUAGCUCUGUCUUCAGUCCAUGCUCUGAUUCUCUGUGGAUUGCAGUUCAUUUCCUGUGUCCGUGGGCAGUGGACAGAAUGCAGUGAUUUUUCACCUCCAAUAACUGUAAUCCUGUUGAUCUUCCUGUGCCUUGAGGGUCUUCUGUUUUUCACUUUCACUGCAGUUAUGUUUGGCACCCAGAUCCACUCCAUAUGCAAUGAUGAAACGGAGAUCGAGAGACUGAAAAGUGAGAAACCCACGUGGGAGCGGCGACUGCGAUGGGAAGGGAUGAAGUCUGUCUUUGGGGGUCCCCCCUCCCUCCUCUGGAUGAAUCCCUUUGUUGGCUUCCGAUUUAGGCGACUGCAAAUGAGACCCAGAAGAGGAGGCCCGGAGUUCUCUGUGUGAGGCCCUCCUGUCAUGCUGGAACUUGUAAAUGACUGGCAGUUAUUUAUUUGGAGUCUGAAAGGGCAUCAGCAGCUCAUCUGUGACCAAUAGGGCAAAAUGGAACCUACACAAACCAGUUGCUUGCAGCAAGCAGAAUUUUAUAUAUUUCUAGUCACAGAUUGCAGAUUUUCCAAACUGGAUGAUGACGCUCUCUUCAGUUUUCACCCGUACGACCAGUGUAAAGGUGUGUGGCCAUGCACAGAAGCCAAAUGUCAUUACCUUCCUGCACAGUUAGGAUUCUUGUUAACAAUACUUUGCAUUUUCUAAGAAGAUGUUUGGGAUAUUACAUGGGUUAUCAAAACCCUGUGUACUGAGCUGCUUUUUCAAUAUGAAGAAAAAAAAUGUCAAUCCAGUGAACAAGAAUUCUCAGACCAGUCAUUUCAGGGAGUUCCUGUUGACCCUGUGAUUCAUUAGUGCACUCCCUUGAUCACAGAAGGGGCGUUUACAUAGAAAGACAUUUUGGACUUGAUUAGCUCUGACACUUGCACUGAAGUUGCAAAAGAUGUGUGUGCUAAACAGUGAAGGCGGCUUCCGGUACUCCCCACUGCCUGGAAGAGGCACCCUUUGACCCUUGCAGCAAGUCUGUAUGUGUGCGUGUCUGUGUGUGUGUGUGUGUGCGUGCAUGCAUGUGUGUGUCAAAAUUGGCAGUGUUGUUCACACAAUGUAACAUUUAACAGCUGUGUACAGCAAACAAGCUAUUUUUUAGAAAAGAUGUUUCAGGGAAGAGGGGAGAGCUGCUGCGGGGUCCUCCCCAGUGGGGUCCCCCUGGUGGGGUUACUAUGAAUGUAUUGCAUACUGGAGAAUAUCUUGAUCCAAAGAACAAUCAUUCCUGUGUGGUCCUUUGUUGCCCUCCUUUUUAAAUUUUAUUUUAAAAAUCUGGAGUGCACGAGGGCCUUGGAGCAUAUUUUUUUGUUGCUCCAGCCAAAUCAGCAGUGCAUAAAUGGCACCUCAGAAAGAGAAGAGCAAAGUCUCUUGGUGGCCUCCUGCCUCAUGCCUCUCGGUGCUGCUGAUGGCUGGGAGGUAGGGAGGCAUGUCAUCCGUGAGACACGAGAAGCCAGGGUUGGCCUUCUGGUGCCUCUGGGAAGGUGAGGGGCCGCAAGGCAGCCAGCCCCUGGCAGGGCCACUGCGUGCCUCCACGCAGGCAGCACUGAUGCUGAGAAUGGUCGGGAUGGCAACAGCUCGUGUUUUUCUGUCAUCAUUUAUGUUUACUUCUCUACCCACAGCACAGGUGAUAAAAUCGGAUCCUUGGUGUGGAGCUUACAAUUAUGCCAGAAAGCAAACAGCUCCCCUCCUUGGGGACUUGCCUUAAACUUGCCUGGUUUGUACAUUUUUUGCUGGACGCAUCAAGAAGCAAUCUGACACAAACACGGUCUGAGGGUCUUCCUUUUAGCCUGCCUCCUGUGCUGAGAAAAGUUGGUGUCUCCCUCCUGGGAACUGUUGGCCUAUGUCUUCAUCUGUGAGCUGUUUGGUUUUGUCUUUAGUUACUCUGUACCCUAUUCUGAUCAGGGCUUCUACCUUUGUCCGCGCAGAACCACAGAUGGACCUACCCGACACUCAAUUGUGGCCGAGUGAACAGACCUGUAGGUGCUUUUCAAAUGGACUGAGUCACUGAAGACAUGUGAGCUACUAGGGAUGAACUUUCACAGCCAGAGGAUGGGAUGCGUCUCGAGGGUGACACAGAGACUGUUCUGCGUGUUUAUUUGCACGUCUGUUGUCUGGGGAGGACGUGUGUACUGGGCUUCAAUGUGAGGCUUUAAUAUGUAUAUCUUGUUAAUCAAUAAAGUAAUUACCCAAGUGGUUGAAUCCUGUGAGACUCGGCAAGUACGUGCAAAUCAAGUGUACUUGACUUUUCAACCUCUUCUCUCAGUGUAACUUUUAUAUGAAAUAAAGUCACUAAUUGAUGGUUCUCAAA